GUUCUAAGAUUGCUCUCACUGUGACGUAGAAUUGCGCUAAGCCCCACCGACGUGGUUUGAUUGACAAUCUGGUUUUGACAUAGACCCCGCCCUCGGCGAUCUGUACACCAUCCUCCAUUGUUUCAACGACAGCCGGUAAUGUCUCCUAAGAAACAUAAGUGUUCUGUUGUGGGAUGUAAUAAUGAACAUAGUAGUUUUCACUUACUUCCGACAUCAGAGCCACUGAAAACGCAGUGGAUGGAUUUUAUUUACGAAGGAAAGGCGCCAUUUAAAAUUCCAAAAUACGUUUAUGUUUGCGCGAAUCAUUUUUUGACUGACUGUUUUCAGAACGAAGGUCAAUUCAAAGCAGGUCUUGCUUCAAAGUUAAUCCUCAAGUGUGGAUCGUUGCCUACUGUUCGCGAUCCAACGUCACCUCCAGAAGAAGCCAGCACAUCGACACGAAGCUGUAGAACGAGGGAUAUUGGCGUGCAGACAGAAACAUCAAAGCUAUGCAGUGUUGGUACACAACUGUCAAUGAGGACGCUUCAAACACACCACAGGAGUAUCAGUGUCCAGACAGAGACAACAUUGUCAAGUUUUGAUGUUAGCACAAAAUUAGUUUCUCAUACAGCUGUUGCGUCUUCCACGCCCCUCAAGACUUCAUCAAAGAGACCUUGUCUGGACCUUGAGGAAGAUGAAGAUAUCCUACAGGAAUGCUCUUCAAUACUAACAGCACAAGAGACUGAUGUCACAUUUAAUCCUGCAGAGGCAGACACAUCAAUAACAGAGCCAAAAGACUUGUCAGCUCAGGAAUCCAGCCCUAUUCAAAAAAUUUGUAAAUAUAUUGUCUAUGAGACCUGCAUCAUGGAACUGUUUGAGGUGUGCCCAGUAUGUCAUAGAAGCUGUCAUAUAAGAUCACAAAGGAUUGGAACAUUUCUACGUGUUGAACAACUCUGCCACCAUUGUCAGUUCUCACGGAAAUGGAACAGUCAGCCGAUUUUGGGCAGUACUCCAGCUGGAAACCUUCACCUUUCUGCUGCUGUGUAUCUCAGUGGUGCAUCAUUUUUCACAAUUGAAAAGAUAUUUGCAGCUAUGAAGUUACAUCUUUUCAAGUACGACACCUUUCGUCGUCAUGCACUAUGA